AUGAUCCUGAGAUCGUUGGGUCUACUGCUCUGUUUCUGUCUCGCAGCCCACGCUUGGAACAAAAAGGACUAUCCUCGCCCGCAGUUUGUCCGUCGCGAAACCACGCGCGCGGCAGCUUUGGAUCCAGGUCUUAGCAGUGCCUUUGUCGACGCCACCGGCACGCCCAGAAUAGUGCAACAAGAUGGCAGAGGAGUGGCCCUGAAAUCAGGCGCAGCUGCCAGCCUACUCGCUAACGAAUCGGAUGUGACUGGCCAUCAAGAACGGUCUUCACAGGUGACUGACGACCUUGAAGCAGACGUGAGCAUAAUUGAGCAAACGGUGAGAGAUGUGAAUGAGCACGCUACGGACGAUCAGGUCCAGGCCUCCUGGGACACGUCGGACACGGAGCCGGAUCCUGUGAACUACACGGAGGCUGAGAUCUUGGAUUACGGUGGAGAGCAGUUAGAUCAGACCGAUGACGCAGAGCCCAUCAAUUCCACGGCUGAGGAUUGCUACUUCUCAGAGGACGGCGGUGUAGAGGAGUCUGACUCUCUAGUCAGUCUUCAAGCAAGCGCCGAUGAGGAGGAUGAAGAGGCGCAAGGCUCGUCUGGCAGCUCCCGAGAAGGAGGACUCCUGGGGCCAGAUGCGGCAGCUGCAGAUGUUCUCAACUCCAGCCCUGCCGACUUGAGAGACAUCGGUGACGAGACGAGGUGGUGGGGUCGCUGGGCCGAGCGUGAGCGCGAGGAAGGGCGAACGCAACCAGAGGCCGAACCAGACUCGCCUUUUCACAGCGCGAAGCUCAAAGUGGCGGCCCGGCGAAAGAGCCAGCCGAAGCGGGUCACGAGCCAGGAGACCCCCAAGUGCUUGCUCGGCAAGUACUGGUGUGAGCAGUUCCAAAAAGCAGGCGUGGCGAUGGCCGACCAAGCCAGGAUCGGCUCCAAGGGCAACGAAUGGCUCUACAACGCGGAAGGGACGAAAGUUGGAAAAGGAGACUCCGACAAGGAUUGCAAUCAAAAGCUCUACUUCUGCGCUGGGCAGACUAAGUAUGGUUCUGGGCUUAAGCAGGCCCAGGCGGUCAAAGCGGCCAUUCAGAAUCACGGCGUGCAUCCCGAGAAGGCGGAUUGCUCACUUGGCAAAUUCUGGUGCAAAAUCCUGGCGGCUGCAGGAAUCCCAAAGAAGGACCGUGGAUCCAUUCGCACGAAAGAUGGCGAGUGGUACUUCAAAGGCAAAGGCACCAAAGUCGGCUUCGGGUCUUACAAGGAGAAAUGCCCACGCAAGUUCUUGUGUGCCGGUGGAAGAAAGUAUGGAAUGGCAAUACAGCAGGCUCGCGAAGUGAAGAAAGCCAUUCAGAACGGGGGCGUUCAUCCGGCCAAGGUGGUCUGCACCUUGAGCGAGUACUGGUGUGCCCAACUGCAGAGAGCAGGCAUCGUUCGCAACGAUCAGGGAAGGCUGAGUGCGAAAAGCGGAGUAUGGUACUUCAAAGACACCAGCACUGGAGUCGGCUACGGAUCAUACAAAAAAGGAUGUGACAGCAGGAAGCUUUUCUGUUCCGGUGGAAAGACCUUCGGCACUGGGUUGCAGCAGGCGAGAGCACUGAAAGAAGCCAUCGCGAACGGGGGCGUGCAUCCGGACAUGGUGCCUUGCAAGUUGGGCAAGUACUGGUGCCCGCUGAUGAAGCGUGCAGGAAUACGGGGACGAGACGUUGUCAAGAUCACCUUCAAAAGCAAUGAAUGGCUCUUCGAUGGGCAGCCAUUGCGGGUUGGAUACGGCUCGUACAAAGUGCACUGCGACAGUGCAAGGCUAUUCUGCGCAGGAGGCACAAAGUAUGGCUUUGGCAUUCUCCAGGCUCGAGCCGUGCGUGUGGCCAUUCAGAGCGGAGGAAUUCAUCCGGCAAAGGCCAACUACAGAAGCUUUCAGAACUUCUGUGUCCUUGAGAACGGCAAGGAUGCACCACAGGACAAAGGACGCGUGACCAAGAACGUCGUGGGCUGCGAAGCCGCAUGUGACCUGACGGCUGGUUGCGUAGGCUUCGAGUGGUAUGCCAAUGGCUGGAACCGGAGGAAUUGCUUCCUCUUCAUCAAUCAGCCUCUGGCAAAAGGCAGCGCAGGGAAACAGUGGAAGGAUGCAAUGUGCUACAUCAAGAAGGAGCGAAGGUGCACUGUUUUCCCAAAGUGGAGAAUGACAUGGCCGGGAAAACAUGUGCAGAUCUCGCUGGGCGAGAACAAGUAUGGCGCAAAGCUUCCGUGGAAGACUUGUUUCGAACUUUGCGAAAUGGAGCAGGAUUGCAAGCAGGUGGUUUGGAGCAAGAAUGGAUGCUUUGGCAUGCUGGCCCGCAGCGAUGAGGAUCAGGACAACAAAGGCGGCAAGAACGGUGGCUACAUCUCCGCCCACUGCUUCGAUAAGGAUAUACUGCACCACGUGCGCGCCUGUUCCCAAUGCGGAAAGAAUUUAUGUCAAGCAUGGAGAACAAACGAGAAGCAUUUGGAGUCUCGCUACAUGAUGGGCUCUUCGCUGCAGUCCUGGGGAUGCGAGAAUUUGUGGACGAAACCAUAUGGAGCGGUUCGCAAUUCCGGCACUGGUGCCGUCUACGUUGUGGAGAACCGGGCGGAGCAGGCAGGCACAUGCCAGUUUCUGACACCCCAUUUCGCAGCACUUUCCCAAGUUCUUUGCGAAGAUGGGACCUAUGUGAAGGACUGGAGUUGCAUGAAGGGAGGCCACGGUCAGCGUGCCCAGUGUCCAGCAAACGCGCCCACCAUGUGUGCCCAGCAGACCUGCGGUGCGGACAAGAAAGACUACUGCUGCAGCCCUUCUUGCGUGAAGCUUGGUGGACCCCGCCAGUGUGCUCAGGCUGUGGUUUGGCAAACCAACAAGGAGGCGCUUGGCUGGCAGAAGCUGGAGGACAAGUGUGAAGGUCAAGGAAAGCGACUGUGCACGUACUCGGAGCUCUGCCAAAAGAAGGGCCAGCGGCCGGUCGGAGGCCUUCAGUCCACGUCGGAUGCCUGGUGCCCCGUCCUGGAAGAUGACAUGGUGACCCCCAACUACGUGCAAGUCGGUGCAACGCUGCAUCAUCCGACCUGCAAGAAGCUGACGGAGGCCCACACGCUGGACGCGGUGUCCUGGCCUUUCAACGACGAGCGCGCGGACUUGCGGGAGGUCCUUGCCUGCUGCGAGGGCUGGACUGGCCGCGGAUCGCGGUGGCGAGGGAAGGACUUGACCUGGCGCCAUCAGAGUUCACGGGACCGGUUGACGAUCUGGGGGAAACCAUGGCAGAAUGGUCAGGUCUUCUAUCAACGAGUCCCGAGCUACUUGCAGUUUCCUCUACGAGGGACGCAGGAUAUCAACACCGGCAAUUCCAACGAAUUGAUCUUGUCCGAGCCAGCUCUGGUGUACCUGUUGCGCUCGGAUCGCUGGUCUGGCGUGCCCUUGGGUGGCUGGACGAACACCGGGGACGUCGGGUACUACCUUGGUAGCCGUGCCGGCAAGGUACGGAUAUACUGGAAGUUCCUGGACAAGGGGAAGCACAUCAUCGAUAACUUGUCAGGCAUGUACCUGGUGAGCAGCGCUGCGCUGCCUUCUUGCUUGGGUGCGGAAGGUACAAAGAUUCCGCAGGGCUUCGUCUGGCCCGAGAAGUAUCCGAGCAAAGCCGCCGCUACCAUCGAGGAGGUUUGGGAGAACAACCGGAAGGGCAUCUACGGCCGUAAAGUGCAGGGCAUGAAAUUUGCCGCGCUCACCCUCAAAGAGUCGCAAGACAAUGGAGGAGACUACUACAUCCUCUUCAGCAAUCGGCCACCGAGCGAACAACCCUUGCCGUCAAGCGACUGCUCUGCCGGCGCCGCCUUAAAGUAUGGCAUCAAGCCGAAAUCUAAAGUCAGGAAACAGGGUCAGUUUGUAACGACCUGGAAGAGCUCGGGAACGACCUGGAAGGUGUACCAGGGAGUGGAUCCUUGGGAGCAAUUCGGCAGCGCAAACACCAAGUGCAUGGAAGAGACGCCUCAGACCACAACAGAGGUUGCCGACCAGUCAGAAUGCCAGAUGCAGGCCGUGGCCAAGAACCAUCGCUACUACCAGCUGCUUCAGAACGGGAAAGGCAUGUCGAAGUGCCUGACGUCCAGCAGCUGCGAGGCGCCAAUGACAGGCACCGUGGCGGCCUGGAAAGUCUUCGCCAAGGAUGGGCCCUGGAAGCGCUUUGGCUCCGGAACCCGCUGCAGUGCCAUCCCGGUCCUCGACUACAGAGGAGCCGGGCACUGCACCAACGGUCUCGUGUAUUCUUCCAAAGCCUGGGAGCUGGCAGACAGCAAGUGGGGUCGAAAGGAGUUCCACACAGAUCAGUACAAGGCAUGGAUGAAAACUGCAUGGGCCAAGUGCAUGUCGAGAGACCCGAAGACCACCUUCGUCAGUGUUUGGACAGAUGCUGGUUACAGGUGCUUCAAAACCUUGGACUGCAAGCCGAACGGAGCCAGAGGGGUUAGGACUUGGUCCGCCGUGGGCCUGGGCAAGGCCUCGGUGCACCUGCGAGUGUCUGGGGGCGUCACAGAGAAAGCCUUCCUCAACACCGUGCCUGCGGGCACCAAGAUGGACUUGUCCACGAAGGACGACUUCAGCGGCCGGCAGCGCUGGACCAUUACUCGAGGGAGCGGAGACUGGUACAACAUCCGAUCGCAGGGUGGCCCGAAGGGCCGCGUGUUUCUCAGUGUCAGCGCCAGCGGUGACAAGGUCAGUCUAGCCCCCAGGGACGAUGGCAGCGGUCGCCAGAGGUGGAGAAUCGCGCAUGGCAGUGGAGAUUGGUAUCGCAUCUCGAUUGUUGGCGGUGUGGGCGGCAAGCGGCGCUUUCUUAGCACGACAGCACGUGGUGAUGCCAUGGACCUCCAAGUGGCAGACGACGGCAGUGGACGGCAAAGGUGGCUUGUUGGUUUCGAGGCAGAUGCCGAACGACUUACUUCUUGGGCGGAGCACAACUUCAACGAUCGUGGGAAUACGCAGCUGGUGCAGCACCAGACCUAUACAUAUCGUUUAAGCACGGGCUAUCCUUGUAUGCUCACCGGCUGGACUCACACGCGAACGUAUGCUCGGGGCUUUCUGCGAGCCGUGACCGGGACUGCGACGGCCACGGUGAAGGAUCUGGAGCCCGGUGGAUUUUACGUCUGGAGGAUCUACCAGUUCGCCAGCUUUGGUGCGGGCACAAACGGACUCUCCGUCAACGGCGUGAAAGAAGGCACCACCACGUCGCUGUCGUUGACAGACUCUGCUGCAAGCAAGUUGGGCAUGACGCGGGCAGACAUGCAGGGCCGCAUCUCCUUCUCCUUCAUCCGCUCGUCGACGCACGUGCAGCUCUCGGGUCUGACCAUGAAGCGCUUCGACGAGACGCUGGACGAGCAUCUCACCUCCUUGGAAGAGAAUCACUUCAACACCCGCGGUGAUUCCAGCCUGAACGAGAAAAGUGUCUACUCCUACGUGCUUGCUCACGGCUACAAGUGCGACUUAACCGGUUGGACUCACACGAGAAAAUAUGCACACGGCUUCUUGCGGAACAAGCCUGGCGACGGCAAAGCUACAGUUUCAGGACUGGAACCUGGUGCCGAGUAUGCUUUCAAGAUUUACCAGUACGCAGCCCAGUUUGCUGGAAAUAGCGAAAUCGUGGUGAACGGUGACUCCAAAGGGCUCGCCGCCGCCUCGAAGUCGGCAGAAGCGACGAAGCUGGGCCUGGCCCAAGCUGAUGGGGACGGCAGAAUUCACUUUGCCUUCAAGCGGAUCUCGCCUCACGUGCAUCUGUCCGGAUUGGCCAUCAGUCGAAUCCACGGGCAGCCGGUGAGGGUCUCCGCCGUGGGAACCUUGGAUCUCUGUCAGGAGAUCUGUCUGCGGAGACCCUCAUGCACUGGUUUCGAGCUCCGGGGUCAAACAUGCGCUUUAUGGAGUGUACCCCUGCGUGCGACCAGCGGGAGCUCCGAAGCCUCCGAGUGCGUCUCUCUGCUGCCGGAGUUCGUUUACCCUCGCCGUCACACAGGGCAGGGAGGAGACAACAAGCGCUGGCGACGGGGUCCAGGUGGCCCGAAGGGUACGGAUUUCGGCAACGGGGAGUCGCAGUACACAGCUGGACCCUACGAAUUCCUCUCCGUGGAGACGCGUCGCCUUUGUGAGAAGAGCUGCAGCGAGCGCAGUUGGUGCGCCGGCUACGCCUUCAAGCACUCGAAGUCACAAGGCAAACUGCCUGACUGGCAGCUGGGGGCCUGCCAACUGGUCGGGCGGCGCCUUGUGACGGCAACGCAGGUCCCCCAAGUUGCCUCCUUUGGGAAGGCCGGCCUUUGGCAGAGUCACGGCCCCAGCAAGUGCCAGCUGCUGCCCAAAAUGCUCUUCAAGGAGGAGGGCCACUGCACCAAAGGUCAGAUUUACAGCUCCCGUGCCUGGGAGCUGUCUGCGCCCGUGGGCCCCAAAGGCUUUGCUUCCCCCGAGUAUGCGUCAUGGCUGUCGUUGGCAUGGAGGAGGUGUCAAACGCGAGAUCCGGACACGGCCUUCGUGAGCGUCUGGACAGAUGCAGGAUACAGGUGCUACAAGUCCGCUUCUUGCAGCGUCCAUGGCGACGGUCGUGCCAGGUCCUGGAGCGCCGUUGGACCCGAGAAGCUGUCGUCCCUGAAAGAACAGAACUUUAACGAUCGCGGGCAGAGGACCCUGAAUAUGAGAAAAACAUACACGUACAAGCUGAGCAAUGGCUUCACGUGCACCUUGAGAGGAUGGACUCACACAAGGAGCUAUGCCAAGGGCUUCCUCCGAAACAAGCCUGGGUCCGGCUCCGCCAUCGUCUCCGGACUGCAGCCGGGAGAACAGUAUGUGUGGCAGCUCUACCAGUACGCCGCGCUCUUCGCUGGCAAGAACGCCGUGCGCGUGAACGGUUUGGACCAGGGCCUGGCAACACAGGGGAAGAGCGAGGAUCCGACGCUGCUGGGCAUGGCCAAAGCCGACUCCAAGGGCCAAGUCGUCUUCGCUUUCACGCGAAACGCCAAGCACGUGCACCUCUCCGGCCUGGCCAUCCGACACCUCAACGAGGCACGGACGGAGCGCCUGUCCUCGCUGACCCAGAACUCAUUUCACAUGCGGCGGCGAGCAAAUCGGAAUCUUGACAGAAACAACGGCUACGUCUACAAGCUCAGCAACGGCUACAACUGCGAGCUCAAGGGCUGGACUCACAGCCGAGACUAUGCAAGAGGCGUCCUUCGCAACGUGGUCGGCAAAGCGACAGCCGUGGUCUCUGGCUUGGAGCCAGGAGCUCUUUACUCAUGGAAGGUGUAUCAGUUCGCGUCACAGUUCGGCGGCUCAAAUGGGCUCUCCGUGAACGGUGAGUUCAUGGGUCUGACCGUGGCAUCACGUCGCACCGAUGCCACCAAGACUGGGGCCCAUCGAGCCAGCGCUCACGGAAGAAUCACUUUCGAGUUUCAGAGGAGGUCGGCUCACGUCCAUCUAUCUGGGAUUGCCUUAGGCAAGGUCUAUGAGGCUGGCGAUGAGUAUCUGUCCUCAGUCGACGACAACAACUUCAAUGACCGUGGCAACGUCAACUUAAACGCGGCUGCCGCAUACGUCUACAAGCUGAGCAAUGGCUACCCCUGUACACUGAGAGGAUGGACCCACAGCAGGUACUACGCAAAAGGCUUCCUUCGAAAUCAGGCGGGCACCGCCGCAGCGGUGGUGUCUGGCUUGGAGCCUGGAAAGUUAUAUGCUUGGAAAAUCUACCAAUAUGCUGCUGCGUACGGGGGUAGGAACAAACUGCGGGUGAAUGGCGGCAACUUCGUGUGGACCACAUCGUCCAAGAGCGACGCGCCAACUCGAACGGGCUUGACGAAGGCGAAGCCUUCUGGUGAGAUCUCUUUCGAGUUCGUCCGCAGCGCGCCCCACGUGCACUUGUCCGGCGUGGCCAUUGGCAGAGUGCGAGAGGCCGAGUCACCCGACCUCCAGGAGCUGACCUCCAACACUUUGGAUGCCUGCAAGCGAAGCUGCGAGAAGAAGGCGGAUUGCCAAGGAAUCCAAUAUGACUCGCCGAAGAAGCGCUGCAGCUUGUGGUCAAGUCCCUUCGAGUCGGUUCCAGCGGCGGGAGAUGGAGUCGAGUGCCUCUCUUGGCGGCGGCUGUAA